AUGGCACCAGUAUCAAGAAAUGAACCAAGCAAGAAAGGCAAAAAGCAAUUGAAGCUUUUUGCCUUUGAAAUGGGAUGUUCCGGACUUCAAGCGCCUGGGUUGUGGAAACAUCCUAAUGAUAACUCAAGUAAUUUCAAUACUAUAGAGUACUGGACUUCAUUAUCGAAACUUCUUGAACGCGGUAAAUUCAAUGGCCUAUUCAUUGCUGAUGUUUUGGGGCCUUAUGAUGUUUAUAAUGGGCCUCGCAAUUUUGAUGCAGCGGCAAUUUCCGGCGCCCAAUUGCCCACGAUUGAGCCAUCAACAGUUGUAUCGGCUAGUGCAGCAGUCACAAAUAAUUUGGCUUUUGGGGUUACUUUUAGCACCAUUAGUGAAUCACCUUUCCAUUUUGCUAGAAGACUAGCUAGUUUGGAUUUAUUGACAAAUGGAAGAAUUGGUUGGAAUGUCGUUAGUUCGUAUUUGGAUUCAGCAGCUAGAAAUUUGUUAAAUGGUGAAGAAUUGCCGCCACAUGCAGAGAGGUAUGAGCGGGCACAAGAGUAUAUCAAUGUUAUCUACAAGUUGUUUUUAAGUUCAUGGAGCGAUGAUGCAGUUGAAUUGAAAAAUGGAGUUUAUGCUAACCCCGAGAAGAUAAGAGAGAUCAACCAUAAAGGGAAAUGGUUUGAUGUUCCGGGCCCAUUUGUUUGCCUGCCUAAUGAAAAUCAGAGAUUGCCAGUUAUUAUUCAGGCUGGUACUUCGUCUGCUGGCAAGGACUUUGCUGCUCAGCACGCCGAAGUUGUGUUUAUCACAACUUUUUCACCAGAAGCCUUGGGGAAACAAAUUAGCGAUAUUAAGAAGAUUGCUAGAGAAAGAUAUGGCAGACCCCAAGGGUCAAUAAAAUUUUUGCAAUUGAUUACACCUAUAAUUGGUGAGACUCAAGAAGAGGCCGAUAGGAAAUAUCAGGAAUAUCAAAGCUAUGGCGACAUAGAAGGUGCUCAAGCGUUAUUUUCUGGUUGGACGGGUAUUGAUAUAAGCCAAUAUGAAUACGGAGAAGACAUAACAGCCGUUGGAACUAAUGCAGUCAAAUCAUUUUUAGAAUUGUGGAAUAAGAAAGCACCCGGUGAACCAGAACACGUUAAGAAAACAAGAGAACAUAUUGCUAAACAAAUCACCGUUGGUGGAUUAGGACCUGUUUUUGCAUCCACUGCCGCGGGCGUUGCUGAUGAAAUUGAACGAUGGGUUGAUAUAUCGGGAGUUGAUGGAUUUAACAUUACAUAUGCUGUACACCCACAAACAUUUGAGGACGUUGUUGAAUACCUUAUACCGGAAUUGCAAAAAAGAGGAUUGUUUUGGCAAGACUAUCCUGAGACUGAAGAUGGCAGACCAUUAACUUUUAGAGAACAAUUAUUUGGUAGUGAAUUUCAAGACACGAAUCGAGAUCCUCGAUUUGUGUUGGAAAGUCAUCCUGCUUAUGAUUUGAGAUGGAGAGCUGGAGAGUCGAAAGCCGAGUUUGAAAAACGGUUAGGAAAAAAUGGAAAAAAGAGGAAAUUGGAUACCGUUGACUAG